AUGAAUAGAAAGGCUGUCUUCAAAGGAUAUAAGUUCAUCUUCAUCAUUUUCUCUCUAUUUCUCUUUCUAUUUUUGUAUCUCUACUCCCUUUAUUGCUUUUACUUUUCUUUCUUUUUGUCUUCUUUCUCUUCCUACUACUUCUUUGUUCUGUUUCUCUCUCUCUCUCUCUCUCUCUCUCUCUCUUCUUUUUUCCAUUCUUCUUUCCCUUUCUUUUUUGAUAUUCUCUUUUCCCCUCUCUUUCUUUUUCAAUGUUUCUUUCAUUUGAUCCUUUUUUUAUCUUUUUUCCUUUCAUUGUUCCUCUCUCUGUCCCUCUUUUUCUCUUCUUUUUCUUCUCUUUGUCUCUCUUUUUCUCCUCUUUCUCUUUCUUUUUCCUUCUUUCUUGUUCUCUUUGUCUCUCCUUUUCUCCUCUUUCUCUUUCUUUUCCUUUCUUCUUUCUUGUUCUCUUUGUCUCUCCUUUUCUCCUCUUUCUCUCUCUUUUUCUUUCUUGUUCUCUUUGUCUCUCCUUUUCUCCUCUUUCUCUUCCUUCUUCUUUCUUGUUCUCUUUGUCUCUCUUUUUCUCUUUCUCUUUCUUUUCCCUUCUUCUUUCUUGUUCUCUUUGUCUCUCCUUUUCUCCUCUUUCUCUCUCUUUUUCUUUCUUCUUUCUUGUUCUCUUUGUCUCUCCUUUUCUCCUCUUUCUCUUCCUUCUUCUUUCUUGUUCUCAUUGUCUCUCUUUUUCUCCUCUUUCUCUCUCUUUUCUCUUUUUUUUUUUUCCUUCUUCUUUCUUGUUCUCUUUGUCUCUCCUUUCUCCUCUUUUCUCUCUUUUUUUCUUUCUUCUUUCUUGUUCUCUUUGUCUCUCCUUUUCUCCUCUUUCUCUUCCUUCUUCUUUCUUGUUCUCAUUGUCUCUCUUUUUCUCCUCUUUCUCUCUCUUUUUCUCUUUCUCUUUCUUUUCCCUUCUUCUUUCUUGUUCUCUUUGUCUCUCCUUUUCUCCUCUUUCUCUCUCUUUUUCUCCUCUUUCUCUUUCUUUCUUCUUUCUUGUUCUCUUUGUCUCUCUUCUUCUCCUCUUUCUCUUUCUCCUCUUUCUCUUUCUUUUCCCUUCUUCUUUCUUGUUCUCUUUGUCUCUCCUUUUCUCCUCUUUCUUUCUCUUUUUCUCCUCUUUCUCUUUCUUUUCCCUUCUUCUUUCUUGUUCUCUUUGUCUCUCUUUUUCUCCUCUUUCUCUCUCUUUUUCACCUCUUUCUCUUUCUUUUCCUUUCUUCUUUCUUGUUCUCUUUGUCUCUCCUUUUCUCCUCUUUCUCUCUCUUUUUCUCCUCUUUCUCUUUCUUUUCCUUUCUUCUUUCUUGUUCUCUUCUAUCCCUCUCUUGUUCACUCUGUUCUCUCACUUUCUUUCCUUCUUAA